UCAACUGUAAGCCAUCAGAGGCGCUCUCUCUUUGACAUUUUAGUUCCUUUACUUACAUUCACCAUAUAUUGUAGUUUAGCUGCCACGGCGCCGAUUUGUUUAUAUUUAGGGGGAGGGAAGAGUGUAUAUUGUUUGCAAAAAAUAAUGAUGAUAGAAGGUGCAUACACAGAUGAUGCACGCAAAAAUUGGCGUACCAUAUCAUAGUGCUUCGUGUGGAAGUGCUUCUUAUCAAAAUCAACGAUAAGAACGCGUUAUUCUCUUUGCUCCACGUCAAUCAGUUUUGGGACACUGCCCACGCAAAUAUGUUCUCCAAGACGAUUUUUAUACUUCUUCUCUACCUCAUUCACACCCUUAACUAUGGCUUUUGCGAAAGAAUCCUUGCCAUCUUUCCAGUACCGAGUAAAACAAACUCAAUCAUCGGUGAGACACUUGUCAGGGAAUUGAUAAGUCAUGGGCAUCAGAUCACUUAUGUAACUCCUUAUCAUAUGCGAGAAGGCUCAGAAGCAGUCCAGGAGAUCUUCAUUGAUGGUACAGUGGCGUUCGCACGGAAUGAGGAAUAUCUGAAGGAGUUACAUCAGCCCCAUUCAGUCCUCGAAACUAUCACACAAUCAAUCUUUGGGUCUGCUGAACUUGUAAACUUCACUCUCAGCCAUAAGGAAGUACAGAAGCUGUUGCGAUCUGAUGCUUCAUAUGACCUUCUUAUUGUGGAUUCCUUCAUGAUGGACGCCCUUCUUGGUUUUGCAAAUCACUACAAAGUGCCUUCUGUGGUUGUGUGCACAACUGCAUCCAAUAAAUGGACAGAUGAGUUGGUAGGCAAUCCUUACAAUCCUGCCUAUAGCCCCAAUCUAUUUCUGGGGUCCUCUAACAAAAUGACAUUUACCGAGCGAAUCGUCAAUGCGCUGCUAUCUCUCUUCGUUGAGAUUAGUUACCAAUAUUUGUACUUACCGGCUCAGGAAGCUCUCUAUCAGCGCUUUUUUGCUCCUCUACAGCCAAAAGAUGUUAAACUUCCCUCUCUUGAAGACCUCAUCCACAAUGUAAGCUCGGUUUUUGUCAAUUCCCAUCCUGGUUUCCACUAUCCACGUGCCUUGAUGCCAAAUAUUGUGGAAAUCGGCGGGAUCCACAUUCGAGAACCAAAGAAGCUUCCUGCUGAUGUUGAUAGACUGUACACAUUGGCAACGGGAGGUGUUAUUGUUUUGACGCUUGGCAGCACAACACGGAGUAAGGAUAUGCAAAAGGAGAAACGUGAUGCCUUCAAUCGAGUUUUUAAGGAGAUGCCAGAUGUGGGGAUAUUUUGGAAAUGGGAAGAUGCUCAGAUGCCUGGACAGGUGGAUAAUGUGAUAAUAGGACCGUGGUUGCCACAGUUCGAUCUACUAAUGUUUGGGAACAAUACUAAAUUGCUCAUCACCGACGGGGGUAUUUCAAGUAUUUACGAAGCGAUUUUUUCUGGAACGCCAGUCCUGGGAAUUCCCAUGCAUGGGGACCAACAUUUUAACAUGCGCUUAGCAGAGGAAGCGGGAUUUGGACGUACUCUCAGAUACGAUACCCUGACGGAGGAUAUAAUUCGUGAAGCUGUUGUUGACAUGCUUAAGAACGAAACGUAUCGCAGGAAUGCCGAGCGGGUAUCACGGCAAAUGCAGGAUAACCCCUUGUCCGUGAAAGAGAAGGCCAUGCAUUCCAUCGAGAUGAUCCUAAGGACUGGUGGCGCCCGCCAUUUGCGCUCUCCAUCCCUUGAUUUGUCCAUUUGGCAACUCUACUUGGUCGACGUGACCUUGUGCAUUGUCGCAGGAUGUGUCCUCAUCCUCGCAAUCCCCGCAGCAAUUAUCGGAAUUGUUUUGCGACGCAGCAACAGAGCAAGCCAGAGCGCAAUUAAUGGUGAUACAAAACGAACGGAGAAGAGCUCAAGGAGUGACAAUAGUAAAAAGGAAAAAUAGCUUUGACGGGUUAAGGAACUUUGGUCAGAUUCAUCAAUUAUUAUAUUUUUUCACGUGGUUUAUGCAUCAGAAUUUUGAUAUAGUGUGUGUGCCAUAGACACCCCUAUUCUUCAUACUUAUACGUUAAUAAUUUUUUACAUAAUAAAUGAUCAUCCUGUUGUUAAAAU